GUCUGGUGGGCGGGACAACGGCUCUGUUGUGUUUCUAGAAGCUACCAGCUGGGAAAAGGGGAAAAACCAGCACAGUUUUUGUUUCGUUUUGUCUGAUUAUUUCCCCUCCUGCAGCUAAACCGAACGACCAUUCAGUAAGACAGUCACGUGACGAUUUCUCCUCCGUCUGACGGUGACUGAGGUCAUGUGGGGAAUAAAAGGUCAUUUUGGAUGCUGCAGCUCCAUGGGAAAAGUGUAGCCAUGUUCAGCUUCGAGGGAGAUUUCAAGCGGACGCCCAAAGUGUCCCUCGGAGGGGCGACUAAAAAGGAGGAAAAAGCGUCGCUUCUUCACCGGACUCAGGAGGAAAGACGCAAGCGAGAGGAUGAGAGGAAAAGGCUGAAAAGCGCCAUCAUCAUCCAGUCUUACAUACGAGGCUUCCAGGAGAGAAAGCGACAACAUGGCAUUCAGCGAAGUCAUUUCGACCACUGUGUGUGUGAGAGUCAGUGUUCCUCCGGAUCCAUGCUCCCGGACGCUGCACCGCUCAGUCUGCUCAUCCACAGGCUGCUGUUCUUCUACCGCUGCAGUGAGGACACACACCGGCUGAUCUGGCUGUGUCAGAGUGUAGUGAAGCACCAGGGCCAGUUUGUGAAGCUGCUGGCCGGACCUGAGAGAAGCACUUGCGUGUUCCAGAUCAAGAGGCUUCUCAGACACUGCUGCAGAAUCCUGCAGCUGUGUAAAAACGACGGCGUAAACGUGGCCAUCCCCAUGCGCAUGCUGGAGGUCUUUUGCUCGGAGAGGACCUACCUGCCCCCUCUACAGGACGCGGGCGCAGCCGCCGCGCUCACCGAGCAGGUUUUGUACUAUCUGGUUCAGAAAGGUUACUACAGGACUCUGUACAUGUUGGCCAAUCACAAGUUACCGUCCAGUCUGGAUUACAGCGACGCCCCCUCACUUCCCCUGGCGCGCAUGCUGCUGGAACACAUACUCAAACCACUGCACUUUACCUACAGCUCCUGUCCUGCGGGUGCCAGGCAGUUAGUGUUCUCAGCCUUUACAGAAGACUUCAUCUCUCCUCCUUUCACCGAGCAGAUGUUUCACUUCUUCGUGCCGGCGAUGGCGGACCCCAGACUCUGCUUCCCGUUUCACGAGUUCCUGUUCUCCCUGCAGGCCACCAUCUCCUCGUCAGACCGGCUCCAAAGCCACGCCCCCUGGCUCUUCUACUUCGUGCUGUUGCUCGGGGAAACAGGCCUCAGCUCUCUAUCAGAAGAAGGGCUGCUGUUGUAUUUGAGUUGUCUGCAGGCUCUGCUCCCUCUGUUUCCUGUGAGCGAGAGCUGCACCAGAGCCGACGUCAACAGCGACUCGGAGGACGAAGAUGAUGCCUCGACACACCCUUCUCCUGUACAGGAUGACACCAGGAUGUCGGUGAAGUUGAUCUCACAGCUGUGUGUACAGAAGUUGGACUCGAAGCAGCAGACGAACGCUCUGCUGUCUCUGGUGUGGAGAGACUCGGCCAGCGAGGACGUCUUCACCAUGGUGGCGUCCAUCUGCCACACCCUCAUGGUGCAGCACCGCAUGAUGGUGCCCAAAGUCAGGCUCCUGUACAGUUUGGCCUUCAACGCUCGCUUCCUCCGACACCUGUGGCACUUGAUAACAUCCAUGAAGACCAAAAUGAUCACAGGGUCUCUGGUGCCGUUGCUGCAGUUGAUGUCUCGCGGCUCUCCCAUGUCUGCUGAGGACUCGAACAGGAUCAUCCCUCUCUUCUACUUGUUCAGCUCGUUGUUCAGCCACUCUCUCAUUUCCAUCCACGACACAGAGUUCUUCGGGGAAGCCAUGGAUGGUGAGAGGCAGGCGUCCAUGAUGCCGUUCUCUCUCCCGGAGUUGGUGACUCUGUCCCGGUGUUUGCGUGAUGCCUGUCUGGGGAUCAUCAAGCUGGCGCAUCCCGAGACUAAGAGCGGCCACAGUGAGGAAUACGCAGCCGCCUUCCGCAGCGUCGGAGUCAAACCCAGCAGCCAAGUGCAGCAGCAGCGCAUCCAGAACCAGAAGAAACGCUGGGUCCAGCUGUUCAAGGUGAUCACGAACCUGGUGAAGAUGUUGAAGGCGCGGGACAGCAGGAGGCCGUUCUGCCCAGGGGGUCACUGGCUGUCCAACGAUGUCCACAUCUGGGCUGAUAAGGUGACUCAGCUGUACGUGCCCUCUACUCGACUCAUGUGGAGGAGGGGGCUCAGGGGCAUAAUCGGACCACUCCGGUCCACGUUAAACGUUGACUUGGUGCCUCCGCCGCUGUCCGUUUCGGAGGAGAGACAACUGGCCAUCCUCACAGAGCUGCCCUUCGUCGUGCCCUUCGAGGAGAGAGUCAAGAUCUUCCAGAGGCUGAUCUACGCCGAUAAACGAGACGCCCAGGAGGAUGGCCCUUUCCAUGACGGCAUCACCAUCACCAUCCGGAGAAACUACAUCUACGAGGACGCGUACGACAAACUGUCUCCGGAGAACGAGCCCAACCUGAAAAAGCGUAUCCGGGUGCACUUGCUGAACGCUCUCGGCCUGGACGAGGCCGGCAUCGACGGCGGAGGGAUUUUCCGCGAGUUCCUCAACGAGCUGCUCAAGUCGGGGUUCAACCCCAACCAGGGCUUCUUCAGGACCACCAACGAGGGUCUGCUGUACCCGAGCCCCACGGCCAAGAUGCUCAUGGGCGAGAGCUUCACGCGACACUACUACUUCCUGGGCCGGAUACUGGGCAAGGCUCUGUAUGAGAACAUGUUAGUGGAGCUGCCGUUUGCUAGUUUCUUCCUGUCCAAGCUGCUCGGGACCAGUGCUGACGUGGACAUUCAUCACCUGGCCUCGCUGGACCCCGAGAUGUACCGGAACCUUCUGUUCCUCAAGAGCUAUGAGGGAGACGUGGAGGAUCUGGGCCUGAACUUCACCAUCGUCAACAAUGACCUGGGAGAGGCUCAGGUGGUUGAGCUGAAGCCGGGGGGGAAGGACAUCCCGGUUACCACGGCGAACCGCAUCGCCUACAUCCAUUUAGUGGCCGAUUACCGCCUGAACAAACAGAUCCGAGCUCACUGCCUGGCGUUCAGACAGGGCCUGUCCAACCUGCUCAACCUCGAGUGGCUGCGCAUGUUUGACCAGCAGGAGAUUCAGGUUUUGAUCUCCGGCGCACAUAUACCUAUCUGUCUGGACGACCUGAAGGAAUUCACCCGUUACUCAGGAGGUUACUCGGAAACGCACCCGGUCAUCAAGAUCUUCUGGGAGGUGGUGGAGAACUUCAGCGACGAGGAGAAACGCAAGCUGCUCAAGUUCGUCACCAGCUGCUCACGUCCUCCUCUGCUGGGGUUUAAAGAGCUCCACCCUGCCUUCUGCAUCCAUAACGGGGGGAACGAUCUGGAGCGCCUCCCCACCGCCAGCACUUGCAUGAACCUCCUCAAGCUGCCCGAGUUCUGCGACCAGCAUCUGAUGAGGAGCAAGCUGCUCUACGCCAUCGAGUCGUCCUCGGGCUUCGAACUCAGCUGAGAGCCGGGGGGACGGACCGAAACGGGGGGGCGGGCCGGUUCUUUAUUCACAGACGUGAGACGAAAGAGCAAAACAUUUGACACGAUUGGACCCCGAUGCUGGGAAUGUGAUGAAGGACAACGGGGAGACGUUUUUUAAUUUUGAUCCCGGACACGGAUUAGUCAAAACAGCGUCGAAGGAAGCGACUGCACCGCUCGAGACGUCGUCAUUCAAAGCACUGCACAUCUCCGAAACAUUAAACACGCGAUGCAUAACUCACCAAAGAUUUUUGAUAGGUUAUUUGUGUAGUGCUGGUGCUGGACGUUUAAGAAGAGACGUAGGAGUGCUAACGAGAUGCUAGCUGCGUCUUUCCGAUGUGACCGAGGACGAUGUAGCUUCGCCAAUAAAUACAGAGGUUAUUCAUGCUAACGCGGAGAUUUUGCUUUGCUCUAAGAUCAGACCGCUGAGCGCUUUAGCUAUAUAAAAUUAUUAGUAGUUUAGCAUUAGCAACAGUACGUCGUGAUUUUUAGCUUUGCUAAUAACGGGCUAUCACGGGUGACGCAGUAGCUACAGGGAAACUCCGCCUGUCUUUACCCCCCCCCCCCCAUCCAGAAUUGCUAAUCGCUGUUACGUGCGCUAUUAUCAGUGCAGCCACGUGCACAGUGUACAGUACGGUCGAUGUGAUUCAUCACAGAAGAAAUAGCUGACUAACCACCUAGCAUGCUUGAUAACUGGUGUGCUAACUCUCUUCUUUGCUAGCUCACCAGCCUCUAAUUGGCUGGUUGAACAUAGCUAGUCUGAUGUUUUUCUUUUCAACCUAAAUAUGUUGCGUUUUAUUUCUCCUUUCGCUCCUACCAUGCUUGCUAGCAUGCAGCGAGCUCAUUCAUUAGUUUGGUAAAUAGCUAGCGAACACUAUUUUUAAGUCGUCCUGUCGAUCGGUUCGGUGACUAGCCAAGUAAAACCCAAUCGGAGCUUGGCACAGCUCGCGUACAUGUUUAAGUAUUCCGUGUUGUUGCUCGUACAUUCCUAAAUAGCUUCACCCACCAAUUCCGCUUGGUUUCAACGUCAGCUCGCAGUGCCUUCUGGGUAACUUUCUGCUCCUGGAUCCUUCCAGCUUUAAAGGGUUCAUCUAACCAUCUUUUCUUCAUCUUAUAAUGUGACGGGUGUUCAAGCAAAGCGGAAAAGUGGAUGUGAUGUUCAAAAAAAAGGGGGGGGGGCGUGGCUUUGUUUUAGAAUUUCAUCGAGGAGGAAAACAUUUAGACCUUUGUUUUGUUUUGUUUUGUUUUGUUUUUGGUCGGAGUUUCUCUUGUGAUGACCGAUGAAGGUUUCAAGCACUAAUACUUGUGUGUUGUGAGCGUGUGUCCGUGCUCAGGGAUGGACAAAUCCGGAACCCAGGACCCAGUCGCGAGCAGGUUUAAUAGGUGUACCAGGACUUUUUCUCCCGUCCCGCAGCCAGAGCGAAUAAAUAAACCUCCUAUCGACUUUCAAAAAAGCGGUUUUGAACCACACGCGCUUGUUUAAACAACCCAUCCGCGUCAUGUUUUUAAUGGGUCGGGGUUCCACUCGUCACCUGCAGCACUCCACACACGGAUCGAUCAAGGACGAUUGACGGACAAGGACAGGACGAGGAGGAUUUCUACACCGAAUCUUCCCCUGAACCAGGAAUUGAAAUAUGCGCGUCGUUCUUCAGCGUCAAUGCGUUUACAUAGACAACUCGCUUGUUAUACUUUUGACGUUAAAUUAAAUUUCAGAGGUUUCCGUGUGACGGGCGAGCGGGUGUGAUUUGUCUAUCCCUGGUGGAGGAUCGACUGACGGUGUGAAUAAAUGUUCUCACAGGUUAGCGGUCAUGGGACAUUUUUAUGAAAGUUUCUAACGUUUGUGGAGUUAGUUAGUUAGUGAGUGUUUUUUUUUUUUAUAUAUAUAUAUAAACGUGUGCACUUUUCUCUCAUGGUCACGGUCACGGUCAUUUCUCCCUCAGCAUGGCCGUGUUCAUUCCGUGCACUGAACAAGCAGCGCGUCCUCUUGACUCGUCGAGCGUCGGAACCGAACCUGACACCUGUGCAAUAAUGUCCACGAUCGCAAGGCCGUGUCGGAAUCAGCAUCGCGAUCGCCGCUUUACGCUCUCUCUCCCUCCCUCCGGCUCGUGCCUGUCCGUUUUCUCCUUCCCCUUCUUCUUCUUUCAGUCAUUCAGAAUGAAUACGAGUGCGUGUCCUCCUCUCUCGCACAGUGUGUUGGAAAUGCUUCCUUUGGUCUCGUCUUUUUCACUCUGUACAGCAGGACGUUCUCGCAGAUUUAGAACAGAAACAACACACCGAGUCCGCCCCGACUACAGUUCCGACCCGAGGUGAAAUCCGCAAUAAGGGCACGGGACGUCAGACUGCCUCCAUAUCCGCCGCUGUGAGACGUUUUUUUCGUGCUGAAACGUUGACCUCCGGCGUGCCCUGAACGCGCUCACAUAAUAGUGAUUAACACCGUGUUCUGAGCACAGAGGAAAAUAUCUAUGUAUCAGAGUGUAUGUAAAAAAAUGAUUAAAUAUGUUUUGGGGGAUUUUAUUUGCAA